AUGGAGGGCCAGAUUGUCACAAUUGAUUCUCUUUUGCAAUGGGCAACUGAUCAAGGGGUCCUGCUUGAUGGCGUCCGACCCAGUAGCAUCGCAGGCCGUGGAUUGGGCAUGGUGGCCACUCGCGUCAUUCACGAAGGAGACGUAGUCAUGGCAGUUCCAACGCCGGCUAUACGAAGUCGACACACGCUGCCAAAAGCCCUCAUGGCCAAAGUGCCAGCCAACAUGACGCUGCACGGGCUGUUGGCAGCAGAUCUCUUGCUGCAUCCUCCGAGCUCGCGAGUCUGGGGCAAGCUGGUGCCAUCUCUCGGCGAUUUUGAAAGCAGCACGCCAUUUUUCUGGCCAGAGACGCUCCAAGAGCUUUUACCCCCAGAGACGAAGAACUUGCUUCGCAACCAACAGAGAAAGUUUCGGCAAGACUGGAACCAUGCCAAAGAAGGGUAUCCUGACAUGGCGAAGCAAGACUACCUCUAUUCGUGGUUUCUCGUGGGCACGCGAUCCUUUUACUACGAAAUCCAGGAAACGCUCAGCUACCCGUGGCAUGACCGCCUGGCACUGCUCCCCGUGGCAGACAUGUUUAAUCAUUCGAGUGCGGGCUGCGCGGUGGCAUUCUCAACGGAGGCUUAUGACAUAACCGCGGAUCGCGAGUACCAGGAAGGCGAGGAAGUUUACACGUCAUACGGCACGCACUCCAACGAUUUUCUGCUGGCAGAGUAUGGAUUUGUGCUGCCAGACAAUCCCAACGAUCAGCUCUGCUUGGACAGCAUACUGUUCGCCAAACUACAAACGGAGCACAAGGUGGCGCUGUCAGAGAGAGGCUUACUGGGCGAUUUCAUGCUGCGGGCAGAUUUGACGCCAUCAGACAGAGCCUGGGUUGCGAUGAGAGGGCUUACCGGUACCGUGCCGCAGUGGGACGACUGGAUCGACGGCGAGGAAGACGCCGAUGGGACCCUGGCCAAGGCGCGCGCGAUGCUGCCGGGGCUGCUCGCAGAGCUUCGCGGGGAGAUUGAGGUCCAUCGGCGCAGGAUCACGGAACUGCGAGACGAGGCCAACGCGGCAAAGAUGGACGUCUUGUUGCAGCGGUGGAAUCAGAUAGACGACCUGGCGCGGUCCCUUGGCAGAUUAGCAACCACCACCACGAGGGCGUGA